CAUUGGAUAAUGCUAUGGAGGCGAUAUUGGUGUGCAAAAAAAUGAAAAAAGCAGUUAAGUGGUAUAAAAUAGCAGCUGAAUGCAAUAAUACUUAGAAGUCGUUGGGCUAUGUUAGGAGGAUGGGUUUGGUGUACUUCAGGACAAACAGUGAUAGUGAAGUAGUACCCAAUGUUCCGCGCCGCAAGGUUAUCUUUUGGCUCAGUGCAACCUUUGGUAUUGUUAUCCAGAACGGAAUAGGUACUGGAAAGGAUCUAAUAGAAGGUGCUUUCUGGCAUAAUGAAGUAGCUCGUCAGGGUCAUGCGUGUGCAUAGCAUAAAUUUUGGGUUUG